AUGAGACGUCUUACUUACUCGCUACUCGCCAUCAAUAGUGGUCAUGUACUCGAAGGUGAGGACGAAGAAGAUUGUAAACAUAUCGAUGUGCAGUAUAACGGAAAAGAAUAUCAUUUUGAUGAACAUCCGCCUAUAAAAAAGGAUCAGAAAUUGUGUAACGUAACUGUGGAAAAAUUUUACGCAACGGCGGUGGUGCCGGAGCAAAAAUAUGACAACGGAACU